CAUGUGGUUAGACUAGCUUAACUGGUAACUGAAGACAAAUGUUCAUUUCCUGUGAAAUGAGAUUUUUUUCCCAAAAAUAUUUCCCCUCAUGUACUGAAUAAACAUAGAACAGGAAGAUAGGAAUUUACCGAAGGGACCAUGUGACAGAAAUACAGUCACACAGGGAAUAACUCACAUGACAUAAGGUAAACAUCACACCAUGUGACCAGACCCUAAAAGGGUUUAAUCUCAAAGCUCCAUAGCAUGCAUGGUUCCUUCCCUGUUUAUAUAGCAAAGGAAUCACUGAAGCUAUUGAUAACCUUUGAUUAAGGCUGGGUGGAAGACAUUUCCAGCCUUGUACUGGAAAGGGAUUGAUGAUGGACAUUUACAUAAUACUCCCUCUAUAGCACUCAACAAACUUAACUGAUUUCUGGAUUCCCCUUUGCUCGCACAUUGGAUUCAAAGUUCUUGUUGGCAUCUCUGCUCCUCUCUAUUUGUCCAACCUGGUUUCCUCAUCAGAUGCCAGUCUUGAUGCUCCCAUCAUCUAUUUCUUCCACACUUUUCUCUGCAUUGUUUUCCAUGCUUCCCGCUACAGCCAGAACAUCUUCUCUACUCCAGCCCACCUUGCUCCCCCUCUCUCCUCAAAAUCUGACUCGUCCAUGAUGCUUACAAUGAGGUAUUAAGAAAAUCUCAUGUGAGCCACUAACACACACACAGCUACUGCUUCCUGCUCUCACCUCUCCCCAUCCUCUCCUUACUAGUUGUUACCUCUAGAAGCGCUUUAGGACAGGGGUAGCAUCUGGGUCAGGCCCCCAACUAUCAGCUCCAGCUGCCUACAAAAGCACUCACUGCCCACAGCUUCAGGGGGCACUGAGACCACCCAUGAGGCAGCCAGACAGCUGUACAGCCCCACAGCAACCAAGAGCAGGGAGCAAGGAUCUGUACCUGUGGGCAUUGCGCGGGGAGUGUCACCAUAGACAGUAGAACCAGGAGAACCUCACUCCAGUGGAAGAGGUGCCGGGAGCUGGGAUGGGGAGCGAACAGCUUAGCGCUGUUGGGGUUGGCGCGGCGCCCGAGGGCGACCCCUUCUUCACCUUGGCGGAGGUGGCGAAGCGCAACUCGAGCCGCGAGGCCUGGCUGGUGAUCCACGGGCGCGUGUACGACGUCGGCCGCUUCCUGGAUGAGCAUCCAGGUGGAGAGGAGGUUUUGCUCGAACAGGCUGGUAAGGAUGCCACAGAGAGCUUUGAAGAUGUUGGGCACUCCACAGAUGCCAGGGAAAUGCUCAAAGAGUACUUCAUAGGAGAGCUUCACCCGUGCGAUCGUAAAAAUGAAGGCUCUAAGGAUGCUCUAAGGAGAAAGAUCGCUGCUGCUAUCCUUAGUUCAGUGGAGAAGAGCAAUCCAGUGUGCUGCAGCAGUCUAGGGGAACAAGAUCCAAACACGACAUCCUCAAGCCAGUCAAGUUUCUGGUCAGCAUGGCUAAUCCCCAUCUUUGGCGCACUGGUCAUAGGCUUAAUGUACCGAUAUUACAUGUUGGAUGGGAAAUCUUGAUCUGACCUCGCUGGAACCUUGAGAAGCAUGAGACCACAUGCAUGCAAGCAAGAGCUCUGGGGUUUUGGUUUUCUUAAACCUUGUGUAUUUUGUUCUUAGCUUUGAGUCUGUCUAACAAUGGUGGUGUCUGCAGAGUCAAGCUACUGUUAGAGAGUGUCUGUCCAGGCUCUGGGAUCCGCUGCCCUGUCUCACGUUCUCUUCAGAGUCUUCGUAUGUGUGUUGGGGCAGGGGGUGAGGUGCAGUGUCCUAAUAUUCCAUUAUAUGUCUAGUCUGGCUCGCUGUAAUAAUCAAUCAUGGGUAACGUUUCUUUUAACACCUUUUUGUUAAUCCCAACAAUGUGGAACAGCUGCUAGCAUGUGAGCCUGUGAAAUGCCCCUGUCUUCCAUGUGAGCAUUGUCAAAGAAACUGCAAGUUGUCUACAAUCCCAUCAAGCAGAAGUGUUCUGAGACUGAGCAGAACAGCUUUCCCAGUGCACCCAGGCAACACUAACAGGAGCAGCAGGAAAUUGCUAGCUCUUGUUGUCUCUUCAUAUAUGUGGCUGUUUUUAAAUGGUUAAGCAAAUAUAUAUAUUUUAAAAAUGAUC